CAUUCUGCAAUGCUUAAGACUCAGAUGGACUCGAUUAACACUAAACAGAAAUACAAGGACCAAAAGGAAACUAAGACAGACUGGACUCUCAAGUAAAACGACAGCCAUUUUACCCUUUUAUUUAAACCUUAGACUUCCCGCCUCUAGCGUUCAAUCCUUCUCCUACUCGGAUUCGGAUUCACCACCCUUCUUCUGGCUGCACUUCAGCUCACACCUACCUCCAGAACAUGGACAAGUUCCAGUAGGUGUUCGAGAAAUUUGCUCCAACAGUGACGGUAAGAUCUCACUCUCCAAGCUCGCAGACGUCCUCAGAUCCAUGGGGACGAAUUACUCCGCUCCGGAUCUCCAGCGCGCCAUGGAGGAUAUCGACACCGACAAGGACGGUUUCAUCAACCUAGAGGAAUUCGCGCAGCUCCGCCAGUCCUUGGGCGCCUGCGCGGCCGCUGAGCUCCGCGAGGCCUUCAACUUGUACGACGAGAACAAGGACGGGCGCAUCUCCAGGCCUGAGCUCUACCACAUGAAGUGCUCCAUGGAGGAGUGCUCCAGGAUGAUCAAGGGCGUCGAUUCCGAAGGCGACGAAUGCAUCAAUUUCCAGGAGUUCGAGAAGAUGAUGGCCACCGCCAAUGGUGUCGUUGCUGUCGCCGCUGCCGCUGUCAACUAGCAUCCCCUCCUCGCUAGAAUUGAAAGUUCCCCACCGCCGGUAUCUUCUGCUUUUUCUCCGUUUCCGCCUUUUGUUUCUCUUUUUUUCUACCAAUUGUGUUGUUGACUUGUUGUCAAAUUCGAAUCUCAAAUAUGGAAUACUCAUUAGCGGGUAGACAGAGAGACAGGGUGUAAACCAGAGAGACAGGUAGAGAAGCCCCUUACCGGACUGACAACUCCAAUCCGCUGGGAAUCGAUCUUACCGAUGGCCUUUCUUCCGGCAUGCGAGAUUUCCGGUCCUGUGGGAAGGAAGCCCAAUAAAGGAAGCGGCAACGACGGCAGGGUAUUGGCAUGAACCAGUUGAUCCCAAUAACUCGAGUUGUUGGGAGAGGUUCAAUCCACUUCACAAGGGCUUGAAGCUUGCACAGUUCUGAAGACAAGAAUACCAUGUAUUUAACAAAUGGGGGUUGUGGGGAUUCGAAUAGAAGACCUCUCGGUCACAUAAGGCUCUGAUACCAUGUCAAGAACCAGUUGGUCCUAAUAACUCGAGUUGUUGGGUGAAAGUUAAGCUGGAUCUUAUAUCACUCUCUAACACGCCCCCUCAAACGAAAGCCAACCCAUGAGUUUGAAGUUUGCACAGACCCACCAUACUUGUGAUUUUAAUCACUUGUUAAUAUUGGGGGUCGUGGAGAUACGAACACACGCAACCAGCUCUGAUACCAUGUCAUAAACCAGUUGGUCCCAAUAACUCGAGUUGUUGGGAGAAGGUUAUGUUGGACCUUAUACAAGCCCAUGUAUGGUACUUAACCACUUCCUUACACGCCCCAUCCAACGAAAGCCGACUCAUGGGCUUGAAGUUUGCACAGGCCCGCCAUACCAUGUGCUUGAAAGACAACGGUUAAUAUUGGGGGUCGUGAGGACUUGAACACGUGACCUCACAGACAAACCAGCUCUAAUACCAUAUCAUAAACCAGUUGGUCCCAAUAACUCGAGUUGUUGGGAGAAUGUUAUGCUGGAUCUUAUACAGGCCCAUUUAUGGUACUUAACCACUUUCUUAUACGCCCCCUCAAAUGAAAGUCGACUCAUAGGCUUGAAGUUUGCACAGGCUCGCCAUACCUUGUGUUUUAAUCAACUGUUAAUAUUGAGGGUCAUGGAGAUUCGAACACACGACAACUUGGCCAAACCAGCUCUGAUAUCAUGUCAUAAACUAGUUGGUCCCAAUAACUCGAGUUGUUGGGAGAAGGUUAUGUUGGAUCUUAUACAGGCCCAUGUAUGGUACUUAACCACUUCCUUACAGGUAUGAUGCCGGCGGGGGUAUUGGUAUUGGGGCUUAGAAAAAAUUAUAGUUUUUAUUUAUCUUAAAUAAAAGUGAUAAUGAGGU